CAUUCCCCCCAAAAUUUUAUUGGAAGAUUUCCUUGAAAACGUAACGCCCUCCCAACAUUCAAAAUAUGUUGGUGUUUUCUCUCGACUCUCCCAUUUUGUUGAGGCGUCCCAACACACGACGACUCAAACAGAAUCCCAUGUUGACGAAAAUAAUUUUGUAAGCAAUUGAAUUCAGUACCAUUAUCACUGCGUACUACUCGAAGGGAUCUAUUAAACUGACACUUAAUCAUGGCAACAAAAUCAAGAAAUGUCGAUGCAACUUCCAUUUUAUUACUCAGUAAAUAAAUCCACACACCUCUAGAAUAAUCGUCAACAAUGGUAAAAAAAUACUUUGCCCCACAAGACGGGGGAGUCUUGUAGGGUCCCCAUAAAUCAAGAUGAACCAAUUCAAAUGUGCGACUAGCACGACUAACACUAACUGGAAAACUCUCCCUACAUUGUCUCGCCCGCGGACAUACAUCACAAAUUGUUUUAUUCUUCCUAAUCUUAUGACUCACAUGAGGAAGUAACUGCAACACUUUUUCCGACGGAUGCCCCAUCCGUUGAUGCCACAAGUCGACCACACACUCCACUGCUAGCACACGAACCUUUGGAGCCCCACGGAAAAAAUAUAGUCCUUCCUGUCGAUCACCUACGCCAAUCACCAUCCUCGUCGAGCGGUCCUGAAGAACACACAUUUUGUUAGUAAAUUGAGCAGCACAAUGUAAUUCGUCACUUAAUUGAGUUACAGAAAUUAAAUUGCAGUUCAAUUUAGGCACAAAUAGAACAUUAUCGAGCACGAAACCAUCCUCCAAGACCACCGAACCAUAUUGGUUUGAAUUUGCAGGUUGACCGUCCGGCAACACAACCUGUUGAUUUCUUGAUGUCUUGAUAUUUCUCAGGAUUGAAAUAUCACCCGUCACAUGACGUGAUGCCCCACUGUCAACAAUCCAACGUAAAUCAAGAUUACCUUGCAACUUGUUUGAAGGUCGUGACAAGAUGUCAACUAUUUGCUGGACUUGCUCCUUCGUCACCCCAACAAGCUCAUGAUUGGUUGUCGUCACUGCACCCUGCGAUCCGUCUCCACUCGUCACAGUGGUUGUCGCCCCUCCUGUGGCAUUGCUCACGGCAUUGGCACGAGCGACACCACUGGUCGACGACGCUGCCCCGCGAGCUACUCUGCCUCCUCUAAUCGACGUCCUGCCUCCUCGACCAGGCCCUCGUCCUCCUCGUUUCUUCUCAUCCCACCAUUCAGGAAAUCCAAUCAGCUGAUAACAAGUUUCUUCCUCAUGACCCUCACGAUUGCAAUGACCACAAAAUCUGCCACUGACAUCUCCCGACCUCGACCGAGCCUUAGUCUCGACCUUGAACGCCAUGACACUCUCCGGACCUCUCGCAGCCUUGGCGCGCAUGGUCUCGGUAUUCAUAACCGUCUGGUACGCCUCAUCGAGUCCUGGCAACGGCGAUCGUGCUAACAGUUGUGCACGAAUGGCUUCAUAGUGAUCAUCCAGGCCAAUUAGGAAAUAGUGCAGACGAUCUUCAUCGUGAAUUUCCCCCACCUGCUUCGCUAUAUUACACGUACAACCCGCACAUACACACCUGGGAACUCGUGCAUACUGUACGUACUCCUUCCAUACCUUCGACAAGCGGCCAUAGUACUCCAUGACGCCCUCAGACGUGCCCUGCUUGCAACCACUCAGAGCCAUCUUAAUAUGGCAGACCCUGGUGCCCGACACGACGCAGUACCGCGUCCUCAAAUGACUCCACAACUCGUGAGCAAUAUCAAAGUCCUCCAGAUUCGAACGCAAACUCUCGUCAAUGGUGUUUGUGAUCCAAGACACCACCAUCGAAUUGACCGCAAUCCAAUGUUUCAUCUUCGUCUCGUCCGUAAUGGGCUCCUUCACAGACCCAUCAAGAAAACCAAAUUUGAAUUUUGAAAUCAUCGAGCGACGAACCGCUUUGGCCCACUCAUCGUAGUUCGACGCUCCUCGAAGUUUUACAGGGGUGAUGACAAUACCGGGGCCGUCACCUGACCCAAGAUAGUAGUCCAGGUCGACGGCGGCGGCGAUUGUCUUUUGUGGUGGCUCCUCGUCAUUACCCAUUGUUAUGCCCUAGGAAUUUGUAACUCCUCAGAACGCAGUACUCAACAAGCGAAGGAAUUCGCUGUUCUCAAACUCUCUCAAACUCGUGCGGAAAAAAAAUCUAGGGUUUUUAACCUAGGCUCUUGAUACCAUGUCAAAUAUUGUGCAAUCUCGUAUCAUUCUCAUUAAUAACACACGUAUAUAUAGUACAACUCAGUUACCUAAACCCUAGGUACACAUUAGGUAACUUACCAUAGUUAGGACUCUACAGAAUAUUCACAGAAUAAUAUCUAAUAUCUUAACAUAUCUUAACAGUUGUCUUUCGCUCUGAACCAAACAAGAAGAAAAAGGUUAUUAAAUGGAUGAAUGUGGAGGAUGAUGAACCUCUUGAUUUAUCGCUUUCGCUUUGGCAUGGAAGUUGCAUAGGGAAAGAGAAAGUAAUCAAGAAAGUGAUCAAGAAAGAAGAAGAAUAUUAUGAUGGUGAUCUAUGUCUUUCUCUUUCUCUUUCUCCUUCUCCUUCUCCGUCUUUCUAUUAUGGAACUACUUCUAUAGUUGUCUAUGGAAGUACUUCUACUGAUUCCGAAGCCGUCCCUUCUUCUCCAAACAAUCAAUUUCAACCGGAGUGGACAUUCACAAAACACUUGUCAAAAUCCGACUGUGAUAAAGGUCAAGCCCGACUUUUGCUCAACAAGCCAUGGGUGAAAAACAACGUAAUUGAGAAUGAAUUACAGAGAGAAGAAGCCAUUAAGAACGGUGGUAUUCCGAUUGAUUUCUUUGAUUGGGAUGAAAAAUAUCUACUUGGAUUGAAAUUGAAGAGUUGGGUAACCGGAAGUUAUGUACUCACUGAAAAUUGGAUAGGAGGAGUUUGCCAACGAAGAGGGCUACACGAAGGAGAUAAAAUUGGACUUCAUUGGGAUAGAAUUAACAGGAUUUUGUAUUUUGCAGUCUUGGAAAGAAAAAUUCAUCCUCAAAUUUAGCCCUUUCUUCAAACAAAACAGAUGGAUUUGAAGAAAUAAUAGGGUUUUGAUUAUGCUUCCCGCCAAAAAGUGUCAACCCUAGUCAAACUUAGUUUUGUUAGUUAGAUGUUAUUUUUUUUAAUUUUUUAUAGUAAGUUUUAUUUAGUCUUAUAAAAUUGAAUAAUUCUUGUAUCGAGCGAGUUGCAUUUGUUAUGAAAAACUUCAAUUUUUUUAUGUAGUACUUCAUACUCCCUAUGUUCUGAAUCUUCUUAUAUAAUAUAUACGAAGUACAAGUUUUUGUUUUGUUGUGUUUUAAAUGCAUUCUUAAUUAAUACUCCAUAUAUGUAAUAUAGUACAUGAGAAAGUGGAGAAUGUAAUGUGCAAAAUAGAAAAUUGACUAUAAUGUGGGAUGUUCGAUUAGAAAAACGGGACUAUAAUUAUGGGAUGGAGGGAGUAUUUGUUUGAUUCGAUCUUAGGUUCCGGUGAAAACCAUCUUAGGGUGAGAACUUCUCUUAGACGGUUCUAAACGCAACCUGAUUUUACUUGACGCAACCCUUUUUACUUUUAUUUUUUUCAUUCUAAAAAAACCCUAUAAGCCUUCCUAGGAGACACAAUUACUUCAAGUUUGUGAUGAACUCAUGACCAUGAAUGAUUCAGAUCCUUGAUUCUCUGUGAGAAAAGGAUUAUAGUAUUACACUACUACCAUGUACCAACGGGCUAAAAUUGACCAUUUCAUUACCCGACCUUGCUUUUGACCCGCACCAACCCUAGCCCGACCCGUCCAAUAACCUGGUCUACUACUGACAGAGGAAACCAUUGGU